GCGGAGCACGCGGCGGGGCUGUGGCAGGGCGGAAGUGACGGGCAUUUCACCUGCUGGGCUGCGAGGGGACAGAGGAGGGCGUCGCGCGGCAGCCAGUGUCCGUUGGGAAUUCGCUCGGGAGUCGCUCCUUUUUCUCUGGCCGCCGGCGACUGCUCUCCCCGCCAUGGCAUCGCUGCUGCCGUUCUUGUGGGUGGUAACGUUUCUCUGUGCAGAUCUAACUGAAGGUGUAACAAUAACUUCAACUGACCAGACCACGGUUACAAGAGCUCAAGGAGAGAAAGUUAGACUGCCGUGCACAUUUACUCUCGCUCCAGCAGAUGAAGGCACAUUUGAAAUUGAAUGGAAUAUUUUGGAACCAAAGGAGGGAGAAGUCAUCAUAUACAAUACAGACAGAGUUUAUGAUCAGUAUCGUAUGAUGGGACGAGUACAGUUUGUUGAUCAAAAUCCAGCUUCUGGAGAUGCAAGUAUUGAUGUCCUAAAUUUAAAACUAGAAGAUACUGGCACAUACCAGUGUAAAGUGAAGAAGCUUCCUGGUGUUCAGACUCAAAGAAUCCAGUUGACAGUACUUGAAAAGCCCGCGAAGACUAUAUGCCAUAUUGAGGGAUCACAGGAGAUUGGAACUGAUCUUACUCUGAAAUGUAAAUCCCAAGAAGGCUCUCCCGUCAUAAGUUACUCCUGGACAAGAACCACGGGUUCACAAGAACUUCCAGCAACAGCAUUACUGAAUGCAGUUACAGGUGACCUUUUGGUCAAAAACGCUUCUCAGGCUUACUCUGGUACAUAUACAUGUUUGUCCAGAAAUAAAGUUGGCAUAGAAGAAUGUUCUGUUCUACUGACUGUUACACCUCCUAUAGAUAGAGCUGGUACAAUUGCUGGAGCAGUUAUAGGGACUCUUCUGGCACUCAGUUUAUUGGCUUUUUUAAUUUUCUGUUGUUAUAAGAAACGAAGAGAAAAAAAAUAUGAAAAAGAAGUACAUCAUGAUAUCAGAGAGGAUGUCCCUCCUCCAAAGAGUCGUGCCUCAACAGCCCGCAGUUAUAUAGGGAGUAAUCGAUCUUCUUUGGGCUCAAUGUCUCCAUCUAAUAUGGAUGGUUUUACCAAAACUCAGUACAAUAAAGUGCCAAGUGAAGACUUUGAACGUACACCUCCUCAGAACCAGUACUUUGAUCCACCAAAGGUAGCUGCACCUAAUCUAAGUAGAAUGGGAGCUAUUCCUGUGAUGAUACCAGCACAAAGCAAAGAUGGUUCCAUAGUAUAGCAUGACAUUAAUUUGAAGUUUCACCACCUCAUUACUACACUGAUGAUUAGUUUAUUACAGUUCUACACUUUUAAAUACACUAUUGAGCAUCAAGAUAUAUACUUAGCUCACAAGAUUUUUAUUGCGUUUGACCACUUACAUUGAAGAAAGCAGGCAGUGAAGGAAACAUUGCUAUCCACAAUUUUUAGGGGUUCCUGAAUAAAUACUGCAAUAUGAAUUCUUGAUAUAUUAGCCAUAGUGGACUGUAUAACAUGAAGUAUUUUUUCUUUACAUUGUUAGAGAUACCUGACUAUAUAUGACAGCUGUUACAAUGAUAGUUCUUUGUUCAUAAAUCUGAAAAUAGGGGCUUGAAUUCUUGUAAUAUAGAUACUGGAGUACUAUUCUCAAGAGCUUUGAAUUUUUAAAAUGCAUUGUCAGUUAUAGUAAGGCACAGUUUUACCAUAUUUACCAAUUUAUGUUCUCUCGUAUUCUCUCUCUCCCUCCCUCUCUCCAGUGUUAUAGUGUAUUGCUUGUUCUAUGAGCAUAAACUUUUCCUUUCUAGGUCUGUAAUAUUGAAUGUGUUUGCUCAGUAUAUUAACUACGUAUCUGACAGAGAAAUGAAACCUGAAUCCAUUCCUUAAUUAAUAUUUGGCAUUUUGCAAGCUGUAUUUGCCAUUUUGAAAUUGUUAACUAUCAGAUUCCCUGUUUUUUUAAUAAAGAUUUGUGCAAUUAGAUUUUGUACAGGGACCAGAAUAUUUAGGUUUUAAUUUAUAAAAUAAACUAGCACAAAUAUAUUCUUGUGAUAUAAUUUUCUAUAAACCAAGAGCUGGUGAAUGUAGUAAGGGCUUUCUUGCUAUAUUAAUAUCCUCAGUGUCAUCUUUCAGUACUUUUAUUAUUAUUAAUUCGUCCUAUUUAUGUUCCUCCACUGCUUUUAUUACAAAUAAAGAAAAAUUUGGAAUGCCAUAAUGUAAAUAUCAACAUAAGCUGGUAGUUUAUAUGUAUUUAUGACAAGUGAUAAAUUCUUAUUAGGAAAUUGCUCCCAAUAAAUUGUUAAGUAUGCUUCUCAUACACAUGAAUAAUUUCAAAAAUUUAAGAUAGGAAGUGGAAAUAUUUGAGUUCUCUUGCAGUAACCCAUAUUACUAUAUAUAUGUUGCUCUAACUGUAGUAAAGUGUGUCUGUGUUACCUAAUUUUGAUUUGAAGGAUUUUUAUUUCUACAUUUAGUAAUGCGACAUAGUAUAAAUAUUUGAUAUUUCUUAAAUUGACCUGAUCUGAUAAUAUGAUAUAUUAAAUUAGGUAAUAAAACUAUUUUUGAAGUACACACACCCUUAUUGCUAAGGUUAGAUACAGUACUGGAGUGACAUAUUAGUCUUCACAUAUUGAGGUCUUUUAGGUUAUUUGAUAAAGUUAGAUAUUAUUUUUUAUGUGUGCCUUAAACAUUAUGUGUGUUCAAUAAACUUUACACCUGAUUGUAUGUCAGAUUUCUACUACAAAA